CCAGUUUGGAUCUCGGCGCCAUGGGCAGCUUCCCGUCACACUUGCCGGCCAGCAACCAGCUGUCUCCAGAUGAAGAAAAAAAUUACCUGAGCAAGGUCUACUCUCAGCUACGGCAGGCGGACUGGCAACAUCGCCCUGCGCCGCAGCCGGCAUUGCUGUGCGACUGGGGGCUCUAUGUGGGCGGCUUGAACGAAGCGUCCGAUGCGGCGCUGAUGCAGGAUUUGGACAUCAGAGCCAUUGUCAACACGGCAAGUUCGAUGUGCAUUUACACCCCGCGUGGUGCAGUACCGCCCUCCGAGAUGCGCUUGUUGCAUAUUGACGCGGACGACAGUGACUACCCUUUGCUGGAGAAACACUUUGAGGCUUUUGAGCACUUCGUGUCCGAGGCCAAAGCGAAUGGUUGGAAGACCUUGGUGCAUUGUCAGGCUGGAAUGAAUCGAAGUACAGGCCUUUGUGUGGCGUAUUUGAUCCACUCAGAGCAUUUGAGAUUGAUGGAGGCGAUCCACCUGGUCGUUGAAAGACGCGGCCUUGUCUUGACGAACCCCAGCUUUGUGAAGCAACUCGUGCGGUUGGCACACAAAGAACAUCUCUUGGACUGAGAGAAUCACUGGAUCACUUCCCUCUGGGGAGAUGGCU